CAACUUCGCUACAUAAACCCUCACACUAGUUAACUCGGUCAAGUAGGGUUUUAACAAAAUCGAGAAAUCACAGACUCAGAGCAGAGGAAGCGAAAUAACAAGAUAUCUAAAGGCGAUGGCUUUUUUGAGUAAAUUCGGUAACAUACUGAAGCAGACGACAAGCAAGCAACUCAAUGCUCAUGUUUCUCUAUCAAGCCCCUCGCUUUUUCAGGCUAUAAGGUGUAUGUCAUCUUCUAAGCUCUUUAUUGGAGGUAUGGCGUAUAGCAUGGAUGAGGAUAGCUUAAGAGAAGCUUUCACUAAAUAUGGCGAAGUCGUUGAAACUAGGGUUAUUUUGGAUCGUGAAACGGGUAGAUCGAGGGGAUUUGGUUUUGUUACAUUCACUUCUGCAGAAGCGGCCUCUAGUGCUAUCCAGGCUUUGGAUGGCCGGGAUCUCCAUGGCCGGGUUGUUAAAGUAAAUUAUGCAAAUGAUAGAACAAGUGGUGGUGGCUAUGGAGGUGGUGGAUACGGAGGUGGUGGAUAUGGAGGCGGUGGUGCUGGCUAUGGAGGCGGCGGUGCGGGUGGCUAUGGAGGAGGCGGUGCGGGUGGCUAUGGAGGGGGUGCUGCUGGUGGCUAUGGAGGGGGUGCUGCUGGUGGCUAUGGAGGUGGCUAUGGUGCAAGUGGUGGCUUUGGAUCUAGCGGCAACACUUAUGGUGAUGUUCCAAGUGCAACUGCAGGGGCUGUUGGCGACUAUAAUGGAAGUAGUGGUUAUGGUAGUGCCAAUACUUACGGUAGCAAUAAUGGUGGAUUUGCUGGAGAUGGCCAGUUUGGAGGAAACCCAGUUGCCAACAGCUCACAGUUUGGUGGUGAGGAUCAAUUUGGAAGCAUGGAGAAAAGUGAAAUAAAGAUGGAGAAUGGACCAAUGGAAGGAGAUUUCGAAGAUGACACUGAUGUCGCCAAAAGAGCUUGAAUCAACUAGCAAAAACUGUUGUCAAGACUUGUCUUUUCAUAUUAAUUCCUAUGAUUAGUAGUAGUUGUUCUACAUUUCCUGAAUGAAAACACUUUAUCCUGAAAUAAUCUCCUUUUCUAUCUUGAAAAUAAUUUGUA